AGGAUAAAAGUAAAGUUGCAGUAGUUCACAAGACUAAUUCAUAUCCUUGUUCUAAGUGAAGGAAAUCGCAAUCCUUAACAAAUGGCUGGUGACUUGAAUAGCUGGACGAAUGUACAGUCCAACUACUAAAGUCAGUUCAACUAAAUAUUAGUGCCCGAAAACUAGACUACACCCACCAAUUCGCUAAGUAAAUAUUUAUCCUCUCCGUCUCUGAAACAAUCAUCUUCUCUUGUACUUGUAUGUCUAAAUAUUCCCUGAAAAGCUGUGUUUUGUUUUAAUAUUUGGAUUCACUAAGCCUUUCUCUUUUGUGUAUCUGUGCGGAGCGUGCGUGUGUCAGUUUGUGUUAGACGAGCAACACUCAAAUCAUCAAAUCCACUACCUCACCUCUGUCAACUCAAUUCAAAGCCUUUUAUUAUGGCUGAUCACCCACGCCUUCCUCCUCAGUUUUAUGAUCUUCUGGACACUGAUGAUACUUUACUUUCAAACCCAACAAACAACAAAUCCAUCACUACCACCAACAGUUGGUCUUCCUUUGCUUCAUCGGACUCUGUUUUAAGUUCGCCGGUUGCGUCAGAAGUGGGUUCGUCGACGGAGACAGAAAUCGACCCGGACGAAGAUUUUAUGGCUGAGUUGACUCGUCAGAUGGCUAACUUCAUGUUUCAAGACGAUGAUGAACUAGAAAAGUGGUGGGGGUCGGCUGGUUCGCUGCAAUCAACACAUUGGUCACCCGUAGGCAUGAACCAUGAGAGGCAAAUAGACUCAUCUCGAGAACCAUCGCCACCAGGACCAAACAUGACAGAGUUUGAGAAGACGAAGAUGAAUAGUGAAAGGAAUCGCAGCGUUGAUUUUCACUCGAAACAAGCCAAUAGUGAUGAUCAAAUACGAGCUAUCCAACUCGCUAAGCUCAAACAAGGGCAGUUUAUGAAGCACAUCGACUACAGAAAGCAGCUUAAACUGUACCAAAACAAAGCGAGAGCUUAUAAUGGAUACAACAACAUUGAGCCAAAAAAUUUUCGUCCUCCGACCUCAAGUUCAAGCCCAUGGUCAAAUAUGCAACAGCAGCAGCAGACCAACCAACAACAACCCAGUUCUGGUAUGAGAGCGGUGUUCCUUGGUGAGCCGGGUUCAAAAACUGGGUCGGGUGGGACCGGUGUCUUUUUGCCUAAAGGAAUCGGCAACCCUUCCGAAUCACGCAAGAAAUCAGGUUGCUCUACAGUUCUUAUACCAGCAAGAGUGGUACAGGCUCUAAAACAACACUUUGACAAAGUGGGUUUGCCAUCUGCAUCAAAAUUCAAUGAAAAAUUUCCCCUGCAACACGAUUCUAUGCAUGUAACUGGGAAUGAAAGGAAUAGCUUGCAUUCACAGCAACAUCAAGAUAUGGAUCUACCUCAGGAAUGGACUUAUUAACUGCCGAACCAUCAAAAAGGAGUUCAAGUUGAAGAAAAAUUUGUACAAAAAAAUAAGAAAAUUUGUUAAACAUGGGGAAUCUGGUAGGACAAAUAAAAACGAAGGGAAUAUUUCUCUUCCUAUGGAGGGAGGGCAAAAUGAAAAUAAAAGGUUCUGAAAGAGAUGGAUGCAAGCUUUGUACCUUUCUUCUGGUUAUGUAGUCCAAUAUAAUUAAGUUAAUGCAGUUGUCAGCAAUGCAGGCUUUGACUGUUUCA